AUGCGUAUACGCAUGAUUGCAUCAUACAUGUCGUUCCUGCAUUGUGCCCAGUUGAAUGUUUUGUGUCAAAGCUCGGACAUUUUCACAUUCGGUAUGUUGGAAAUAUUGUUGUCGAUCACAUCGGGCACCGAGCGAUCAUCUCUAAGCUCGUCGUCGCUACGCAAACGCCUUGGUCCUCCUGGUCACAUCAUAUUGGUUCCAUGA